AUGAACUUGUCUACAUCACCUAUCGAAAACCACUCUCUGACAGCUAUAAUGCCAAUUCUUUCACACUCCUUUGAAGAUCUCAAGUUUUUGUUGUCCCCACUUCUCGUUCCUUCCGACACCAUUCGAGAAGUCAUUUUGAUCUGCCCACAAGCAAUCCUUUCUGAUGCGCGACGGGUACUCGAGAAGAUCCUAUCAAACAGCGACACCGUUGACCACCCCAAUAUCUCACUACUACCCUAUACAAGUUCUUCGUUCUACACCAGUACACUUACAAAUGCUGUGUUUCGAAUUAGAACGGAAUGGGUUCUUGUUCUCGACAACCAUGGUCUGCAAGGCCUCAACAGUGAACAGCAAGCUUAUUUACUCUGUCCACUGUCUAUUUCCCUACCAGUAGGACCUAAUGGCUUCCUCCGGUUUCCUGCCAAUUCCAGUCGUAUACUUGCGACUAACCGUCUCGAGCCUGCCGAAUAUCUCAUCCCUCCCUUCGUGGCACCCACCCAUCUAUUCACUCGCACUUUCUUACAUCUUGCUGAUUCUGAUCCUUGGCUUGCUUUUGGCAUGCACGUUGCGAAGACUCAUAUCGAGAUGAUAGGAGGGUUAGUUCUUCCAUCCGAUAUCAGCAAUUGUUGCGAACAAAAUUUUCACCUUCCAUGCCUCGAAAAAAUUCAGAUAGAGCACAACCAGACAGGGAUUCUAUCAGCGGACAAUGGCAGUCGUACGCAAAAACGACCGGCAUCAGCUUCGGGUCAUUUUGUUCUGGUCGUUCCUCAUCUAGAAGAUCUCCAUGCCUUCGUGCCUGUUCUCUGCAGACUCCAAUCCGUCGGUCAUACUAUAUCGGUCUUACUAUACCUGGCGUCAUCGAGCGAUGCCAUGUAUUGUUCUUCUGAGAACUGCACUCUUCAGUACUCGACCCUUUCUCACACCGCUCCGACUUUGCAUAAAUGGCUAGAUUCUUUGGGUGCUUUGCCCGAUGUUAUCUUCACUUUGGAUGUUCAAGAUUUUGUGUCUGUCACAUUCACGAUGGUUCUUCUACACGAGCCCUACCGUAAAACCACGUUGAUUAGAUUGCCUCGAACGGACAUAUCACACUCCGAUUGGAUCGGUUCACUCACCCUUCGUGAACUUCGCAACUGGAACAUACCCGACAUCACCAUCAGCGUCAUAACCGAUCAUAGACCUGACUCCUUGCAACGGUUGCUAACGUCCUUGACCAGUGCUCGAUACUUUGGAGAAAGAAUCGGAAUACGUAUCAAUAUGGAGCAAACUGCCGACCUCGAAACCUUGAGGGUCAUACAAGAUUUCGAAUGGCCUCAUGGCGACGUCUUUGUCCACCACAGGGUCAUACAUGGCGGUCUCCUCCCUGCUGUCGUCGAGUCAUGGUACCCAAGUUCUGACAAUUCUUAUGGCUUGCUUCUUGAGGAUGACAUCGAGGUGUCUCCCCUAUUCUUUGCGUGGAUCAAGAUGACUGUCUUGCGAUACCGGUAUGGUGGACCCGAGAACAUCUCGCCCUCUGUGUUUGGCAUCAGUCUUUACCAGCAAAAAAUGAUCGAGCUCAGGCCAGAAGGCCGGAGAUCCUUCGAUGCUAGGGCACUUUUUACCACCGAUGGUAUUCUGAACCCUAGUACCCCAUACCUGUCCCAGAUACCCUGCAGCUGGGGUGCGGUUUACUUCCCAGAGCACUGGCGUGAGUUUCACGACUACCUCUCAAUCCGCCUCUCCGAAUACUCUAUGAAAAUACAAGAGAACGUCGUUCCCGACAUCCGCUCCAACAAGUGGGUCAAAUCAUGGAAGAAAUACUUUAUCGAGCUAGUCUAUCUUCGUGGCUAUGUUAUGCUCUACCCGAACUACGCCAACUUCACAUCACUGUCGACUAAUCACCUCGAGAUUGGCUCACAUGUCAAAAGCCAGCCAGAGGAGGAAUACUCCCGCAAGAAAGGGUUGUUCAUGCUUCCCUUAAUGCCGUUGACGAAUGCCUCGAUGCCACUUUACCCCGGUCUGCUUGACUUGCCAGGGCAGAAACUCCCUUCAUUAUCUUCCUUACCUGUUCUAGAUCUCGUGGGAAAGCUCUGUUCGGUAUCAGAACUGUUGGAACGAGGCACUAAGCGUCGGACGGAGCUUACUGGCUGCAGUGCUACCACCCCUUUGACCUACGAUGCUCGUGAGCUGAUGUGUCUUCAGGAGUUCACUUGA